AUGGCUUCUGAAAUUCAAAACGUUAAAAAUGCCGUAGCUUUAAAUAAUGCACUGAUAUUUAUCGGUACAGGUGUAUCCAGUUAUACAGCAAACCACGAACAAAAUUUUUCUCAUUGGAAAGGAUUAUUACAACAUGGUCUUCAACGAUGUCAUCAAUCAGGAUUGAUCAGUGACAAAGACUUUGAAGAAUUCAAUAGCACAUUUCAGAGUAAUACCGCAGAAGCUGAUGACUACGUACAUGUUGCCGACCAAAUAAAAUGUUGCUUCGAAAAGGAAAGUGGUGCUGCAAAAGUUGAUAUUUACAAAUUAUGGUUAACGGAAACAUUAGGAAAUUUGGUCGUUAAAGAUUCGGAACUGAUAAAAUCUGUAGGAGAAUUGGAAUGCCCUAUUAUAACAACUAACUAUGACUGCCUGCUAGAAGAUAUACUUGAUAGAAAACCGCUAACUUGGAGUAAAUAUUGCACAGCAGACAUUCACAAUUCAUUAAAGGAUCUAAAAAAUUACAUUCUUCAUGUACAUGGAUAUUUUCGAGAGCCAGAUACUGUAAUUUUUAGUAGUGAUGAUUACACUCGAAUUCAUGAAGAGCAAUUUGACCAAUCAAACUUGGGAUCACUUAUGAAAAGAAAAACUUUAUUAUUUAUUGGAUUUGAGACCGGAUUGUCAGAUCCACAUUUUUCGAAUUUAUUAAAAUGGAUAUUCAGCGUGACCGGUAGACGAUCAUUGCCAAUGUAUAAACUUGUUACGUCAAAUACAACUAAAGGAUUUAAUCAAACAUCAGAUAUGCUAUUAUUGGAGAAUAUGAAAGAACUUCAAUAUGGUAACACUCCAAAAGAUUUAUUAGAAUUCAUAAAAAAUCUCAAAUCAUUUAAACCGUUGAUACGCGAAAGUUUAUCUCUGGCAGACAGACAAGAAAAUAUUCGCCAAAAAUAUUUGAACUAUCUUAUUCACGAAUAUGGCCACGUGUCUAUUUUAGGAUAUUCGAAUAGUAAUAUCAGUUUAUCAUUGCAAAGCGUAUAUGUUGAAUUGAAAUUCGAUCCAACACAUCCGUCCAUUAAAGCGAUGAAAACAGUAGAAAUUAAUGAGCAAUUCAAGCGUAAACUGUUAUCUCACGAUUUUUUCGAUGAAAAUGAAAUGCGAAAACUAACUCGAGCUAUUAUGGAAAGAAAUGAAUACAAUUCUGCAAGUAUUUACAAAGACUUUAUGAUUGAUCAAUGGCUAAAUGUUUUGUUGAGUAACGAAAAAAUAUUUAACAAAAACGAAGCAACUUCUAUCAAAGACAAGGUGAAACAAUUGAAGAAAAGUAUUCUAGAGAAAAAUUGUCUUAAAGAAGCAAAACAAUAUCAAAUCCAGCAGGCAUACAAUUUAUUUAAGCAUUUUAUAAUUCUAGGUCAUCCAGGUUCAGGUAAAACUACUCUAUCAAAAUGGUUAGUAACCAACAUGGCGAAGGAGAGCUUACAGGAGGAAAAUACGUUGUUUGACGGUAGUUUUUAUAUUAAGGAGAAAAUCCCGAUUCUUAUUCCAAUUUGGAAAUAUGUUGAUCAAUUGAAAGAAAAUCAAAAGGAACAAAAAAAAACUUUGCUGCAGUUUAUCUAUGAAAAUCCAACUUUCAAUUCAAUAUUUUUCAAUGAUGAAGAGCGAAACGGACUGUCAUCUUUCAUCAUGAAAUCGUUAAUACAGGGAAAUGUUCUAAUUAUUUUCGAAGGAUUGGAUGAAGUUCCUGCUCAUGCAGAUCGAUCUGAAUUAAUGAAAGAAAUCAAUACAUUGUUAGAACGAGGAAUUGAUUAUGACGUAACAAAUAAUAAACUUACGUAUUCAAUUUAUGAAGAUAAGGAAAUCAAUAAUACAAAAGAUCCUACGAUUGGAAAUCGAUUUAUUGUAACAAGUCGUAUUGAAGGGAAUUAUUUUGAAGAAAUUAAUUUUUAUGUUCCAAGAUUAACUAUUGAAGAUAUGUCGAACGAUGCUCUGAAAUUAUUUUGCAGUUCAUAUAUGGAAUGUAUCAAAGAUAUUUCUAUUAAAACAGGAAGACGUGUCAAAGAAUACGAAACUAAUCGAUUAUAUAAUAAUAUUACGAAAAACAAAGAUAUUUUUCAAUUAGCAAUCAAUCCGCAAUUAGCGAGUGUAAUUGUUGCAGUGUAUUAUCAGUAUGAAGGUAAACUGCCAGAGAAAAGAAUUGAUCUAUACGAAAUAGCGAUUGGACAAAUGAUAGAACGAUUAGUCACUUCUGAUAUUAAUGCUUCUACACAUCAUGUAAGUCGAAAACUUGGAUUGAAUGCUAAUUUUUUAUGGUCAAUAAUGCAAGAGGUAGCUGAUUAUUUGCAUAGUAAAGUUGAAGGCCUAUCGGAAAAUGUGCUAAAAGAAAUAAUAAGAAAAUGCUUGAGAGAUUAUCAAUCAUCGAGUGAUCUUACAAUAGAUAUUGAUGAUUCAAUCUCGAAACUUGUGGAUAUGUUUAAAUAUCAAGCAGGUUUGCUUAAUGAAUUUGGUCAUGAUAGCUUUCGAUUUAUACAUCGUACAUUUCAAGAGUAUCUUGCAGCUAAAAAUAUUGUUUAUUGCUAUGGAAUUCCACGAUCUGCAGAUACGAUUUAUGAAAGUAUUAAAACCAAAAUUGAUACUCCCAAUUGGAGAGUUCCUCUCAGCAUGACAUUUGGAAUAUUAAGUAAAUUCAGUGAAUUAUUUAAUAGUAUCAUCGCAAGAUUGCUAAAAAAUGAAGAAGCUCCGUAUAAUCUACAAUCUUGUUCAGUGCUAGUACCAUUUUUUAUUAUUGAUUCAUUGAAUGAUAUGUAUUUUUCAUCGAACGAAACAGAACACGAACUGAUUCGAAAAUUAGCCGAUAUGCUAUUGUUUGACUAUAAAAAUAUGUCCGGUUUUUCGCGAUUAAAAGAACAUCAAGAAUUAAUUCAUUCCUAUUUCUUGAAAUUGAAAAUCAAAUAUGUUCAUAUAUUAGAAAAAUGGUUCAUUGAAAAGAUACACAGCGAAGAAAGCAUUUCCGCAUGCGCCAACAUUAUUUAUCAGCUCAAAUGGUAUAAUUCAACAUUUCAUGAAAUAUUUUUAAAAAACUUGCAUAAUGAUACUGAUAUUUGGAAUUGGUCAAUCGAUUCAAUUUUAAGAUUUUAUUCAAAUGAAAUUAAAAAUCAAGUAGUUUCGGCGCAAUUGAAAUUUAAAGAUACGUUAAAGCAAAAUCCAGAAAUUAUCAAACAUAUCAUUGGGACUACUGAUUGGUUAUGCGUAAUUACAGCUCUUUAUGGAGGAUAUAAAAAUGAUAAUAGUCCAUCAGCUAUUUCAGAAUAUCAUGAGCUCGCUCAAUUUCUCGAUUUAUCUGACAAAGAGAGAGCACCAUUUAUACUUUACUAUCAAAAUGUAUGGGAUAGAGAUGAUCCAGCAUAUGAUAUGGCCGUACGUGCCGAUAAAUUAUAUAAUGAAAAACAUUGGGAUGACAAGCCAAUAUUUGACACGAAUGAAAUCUAUAAAGAAUCAUUUUUGACAAGCAAAAUCAUUGAAUUUCUCCUUGAAGAAAAGUCUACUAGAGAAUUAACCGAAGAAUUGCGAAAGCAAAUGCAAAGUCAAAUAUUGAACAAUAGUGAAAAAACCGACGCAUUAAUUGCUUUAGUCGCUCUCGGGGAAUUAGAUUUUGUAAAUAGUUUUAUUAACGAAGGUGAAGAAUUAAUUAUUAGAAGCUUCAGGAACAGAAUACAACAAUUAAUUUAUACUUUAAAAGAUCCAAUUGCUAGAUGCUCAUCACAUAUUGCGAAAUAUUUACUAGCAAAGCGUUCAUUGAAGCAUAAUCUCAAUUUUUCUGAUUAUUGCAAAAUAUAUUUAUCUUUAAUAGCCAACAGCGGAGGAUUACCAGUUGAUACAAUAGCUUUAGCCGAAGCUGUGGAUAAUGUGGAAAACAAAUACGAUCUCUAUGCAGAAUAUUUUGCCUAUCAAUUCGCUGGUGCUACCCGUGAUAAACGAUAUUCAAUUGCAGUGCUUUCAGAUGUAUUUAAAGUGUCCGGUAAAACUGAUCAAAUUGUAAAACCAUUUUUAAAAAUUAAUGGCGCAGUUCAGAUGCAUAGGCCGAUUCGAGCAUACCCAUGGGCUACCGAUAUAUUUGUUUUUAAAUCAAAUGAUGAUGAUAGUGAUAUUCCAAUAGCAUUUUUCAAUUGCUUAGAAAACAUCAAUACAAAUAUCGUAUUUGUAAUAGAGGUCAUUAGUCACAUCUUCUUCAAAGAAGGAUAUUUCAAACGAAACCCUGAAUUAGUUCCAUUAGCUAUAUUAUUAGAAUUUGGAAUAAUGUCUAAAGACUUAGAUAGGUCUAAGACUUACAAGAAUUUACUACCGGAAUUUAUUGAUGUACCAAAUAUUAAAGAAUUUUUAUUGGAAAAAAUUCAAUCAAUGUGCAAUCCUUACUAUAAAUCUAGAGCAUUAUAUCAAUUAGCUGAAUUUUAUGAUGAAAGAAGUUAUGGCUUAUUAAAUGAAUCUUUUGCAUUGACAAAAAAUAUUUCCGAGGCAAUUUUAAAAUUUCAAGUUUUGGAAAAGAUUUUUAGCAUUGCUCACUAUAAGGAACCAGAGCACAAAUCAUUCAUUGAACAAGUAACCGAUGAAUUAGUCAUAACAUUUAGUCAUAUCGAAAGUUUCUAUAACCGAAUUAUCGCAUCAGUAAGAUUAUCAUUUUAUGGAUCAGGAGAAUUUCGAAAAAAGUACUUGACGAUUGCUAUAGAAACACUGAUUCAAAUGGAUGAAGAUGAUGAGAAAAUCAAAUUGAUUAUUAACUUAAAACCAUUGUUUAGUAUUUAUGAUGACCUUCAAAGCAAACUGAAUGGAAUUAUAGGAGCUCUUAGAAAUAAAACGCACAAUUAUUUUAUCAAUUCUUACUAUGGACGAGUAUUAUUUAACGAAAAACUGUAUGCUGAUACUACGAAAGUAAGUUUAGAUACAAAUAAAAAUUCUAAUGACGAAAUCGUCGAUACUCAAACAUCUACUGAACUGGAAGGUUUAUUUUUACUGUUUGCACAAUUGAAUGACACAAAAUUAUUAAUUCAUAAAACCGAGAAUAUAGACCAAUUGUGGAUCGAUCUUUUGAAAGACGGUGAUAAUCAAUCUAAUAUUGAAAAGAUCUUAGAGAUUGGUUUGCACAAUGAAAUAUUUUUGACAGCACAAGUCGCAAUUAUUAUCGAUGAGUUAAUACGAAAAGAAAAGGCAGAUACUAUUUCAAUUCUUUUUCCAUAUAUUAUAAAACCAUCCAACGAAGUAUUACCCAUUGUUCAGAGAUGGUUUACUGAUUAUGAAAACAACCAAAUCAAACAGCUGGCAGCUCUUUUAUUGGCAGAAGCAAAACACAUUUUUGAAACAGCCAUUGAUACAAUUGUUGAGCUAUUAAAAGGUGAUAAUGAUCAAAUGAGAUAUAGAGCUCAGCGAAUCAUUCAACAUCCAGAACGAGACGUUGAAGUGCCCAGUAAGAGAAUAUCUAUAAUAGGAGAAAAAACCUUAAUGAAAAUUCUCGAAAAAGCAUCAUCAAAAGAGCAAGUUCUACAAGUUCGAACUUAUUUUGGUAGCUUCUUCUACGACUUGCUAUGGGAUGAUCCUUUAGUUUUUCGGAAUUUAUUGGAAAAAGUAAAUCAAUGGAACAUGGGAAACUAUAACAGAGAAAGAAGAAUCCGGCUUCUCUGUAGAAUUCACUUUAUAAAUCAUCAUACUUGGAAUAUAGUAAUGAGAACAUUAGAAUCAUCAAUGGAUGCAUCGCAUAUAGAAGACCUACUUUGUUCAACAAUGUUUUUAACACAAUAUGAUACAUUUACACCAGAAAAUUGGAUAGAAUUUGCAAGAAUAUUAUCCGUAACAGAUACAAGUCAAUUUAGGGAUCAAUUAUUAUUCGUACACACAGAUCUAGACAGAAUUGAGUUUAUAAUCGAUAAUAUUUGUGCAUUAACAAAUACUUACGAUGAAACAUAUAUUGAAAUUCUUGAGUCAAAAUUAAUUAGCGAAAUAUCUCUCAAAAUGGAAAAUCUCCCACAAAGUAGUUAUAAUCAAAUAAAACAUAUAGGCACUUGUAACUAUUAUGUCUCACGUGAUCUGAAUGAAAGAGUAUUAAAUGUAUUAGGUACUGUUUCAAUAAGCAUUGUCCUAAUGGAAAAUUUAAUUAAAUGGUUAAUACAAAAAAUGACCAGUUUUAAAAUUUUUGAUAAUAAUAGAAUAGAAUCGGUUUUGUGUGAAAGUUUAUUAUCGUUGGUUGCUGCCUGUGUUCAAAAGGACGAUUAUUUAUAUCGAAAAGUAACAAAUUCUAGAAAUUUUAACAAAGUUCGAAUGAUUCAACUGUUGGAAAAAAUGCUUAAUCAUCAUCCAUGUUUUCCGGCUAGAGGUAGCGCUUUUAUAUUACUUUCAGCGAUGAAUCAAUCUGAUCACAAAGUAAUCCUAAAUGCCAUGAACACAUUACUUGACGAAAAUCUUGUGAAAGGAUAUUCUAUCAAAGGAAUCCCUCUAGUACAAUCGUCACCCAAUAAAUUUGUUGAUGAUCUAUUGGAAUAUUUAAACAAUGAAAGUGCCAUAAAAACUUAUGAAGUAUUAAAAAUAUUGACAGAAUUUGGUUUAAAUGAAAAAAUGGAUACACAUGGAAAAUCAAAAAUCAUAAAUUGUUUAGCGAAUGAAAUUUCACAAAUAAAAUCAAAGAAACCUGUUAAUUAUUUCUAUACAGAUAUAAAAAUUCCUUUUACAACAACACUAGAAAAUGAAUUAUAUAAAGCUUGGAUUAAAAUACAAGGACUUUCUGGCAAAACUCAAUAUUCUAUUAAACUUGAAGAAUCAUAA